AUCAAAAUGGCUAAAUCGUCUAAGGCAUCCAAGGUAAGGGCUUCAGCACCAAAGGAAUCUAAGAAAAGAAGCCACCAAGAGGCAGAUGCUGAAGGCUCCGAAAACGAAGAAUUGGUGAAUCAAUUAGAUGAUGAGUUCGAUGAGGUAGCUGGAUUGUUGGGUCAAGAUGUCAAGGAUCCAGAAUCCAAGAAGAAAUCUAAGAAAGAAGAAAAGAAGCAGGCUGAAGAAGAGGUCACCAGAGAAUUAACCAAACCAUCAGCUAAUGCUGACCACGAUGAUGUUGUUACUGAUAAAUUCGAAGAAGCUGGUUUAUCUGAACCAACCAUGAAAGCUAUUAAUGAUAUGGGUUUCAAAACUAUGACCAAAGUUCAAGCUAAAACCAUUCCUCCAUUAUUGGCUGGUCGUGAUGUUUUAGGUGCUGCUAAAACUGGUUCAGGUAAAACUCUUGCAUUUUUAAUUCCAGCUAUUGAAAUGUUAUAUUCUUUGAAAUUCAAACCAAGAAAUGGUACCGGUGUUGUUAUUGUUUCACCAACUAGAGAAUUGGCUUUACAAAUUUUUGGUGUUGCUAGAGAAUUAAUGGCUCACCACACUCAAACUUUUGGUAUUGUCAUUGGUGGUGCUAACAGAAGACAAGAAGCUGAAAAACUUGUUAAGGGGGUCAACUUAUUAAUUGCCACUCCUGGUAGAUUAUUAGAUCAUUUGCAAAAUACUCAAGGUUUUAUUUUCAGAAAUUUGAAAGCCUUGGUCAUCGAUGAAGCUGAUAGAAUUUUAGAAAUUGGUUUCGAAGAAGAAAUGAGACAAAUUAUUAAAAUUUUACCAAAUGAAGACAGACAAUCUAUGUUAUUUUCAGCAACUCAAACCACUAAGGUUGAAGACUUAGCUAGAAUUUCUUUGAGACCUGGUCCAUUAUAUAUUAACGUGGUUCCAGAAACUGAAGUUUCCACUGCUGAUGGAUUAGAACAAGGUUAUGUUGUUUGUGAUUCCGAUAAAAGAUUUUUAUUAUUAUUCUCCUUUUUAAAGAGAAACUCAAAGAAAAAGAUUAUUGUUUUCCUUUCAUCAUGUAACUGUGUUAAAUAUUUCGGUGAACUUUUGAACUAUAUUGAUUUACCAGUCUUGGAUUUACAUGGUAAACAAAAACAACAAAAGAGAACCAAUACUUUCUUUGAAUUCUGUAAUGCUAAACAAGGUAUCUUGAUCUGUACCGAUGUUGCAGCCAGAGGUUUGGAUAUUCCAGCAGUUGAUUGGAUUAUUCAAUUCGAUCCACCUGAUGAUCCAAGAGAUUAUAUCCACAGAGUGGGUAGAACUGCUAGGGGUACUUCUGGUAAAGGUAAGUCAUUAAUGUUUUUAACUCCAAAUGAAUUGGGUUUCUUGAGAUACUUAAAAGCUGCAAACGUUCCUUUGAACGAGUACGAAUUCCCUACCAAUAAAAUCGCAAAUGUUCAAAGUCAGUUAACAAAAUUAAUUAAAAGUAACUAUUGGUUACAUCAAUCCGCCAAAGAUGGUUACAGAGCUUACUUACAAGCUUAUGCUUCUCAUCAUCUUAAGACUGUGUAUCAAAUUGACAAAUUAGACUUGGUCAAAGUCGCUAAGUCUUUUGGUUUUGAUGUUCCUCCAAAAGUUAACAUCACUAUUGGUGCCAGUGGGAAAUCUAUUGAAAAGAAGCAUAAAAAACAAAAAAGAGCUUAAUUUAAUUAGGUCAAGCUCUCAUAAUUUUUAAAUUACUCUGCAUUACCUCAAAGUGGCUUUCAC